AAGAGCGUAGGAUUUUGUAUAAAGUAGGUCAUGUUUCUCAUAAUAUGAAAUUACCACCCAAAAAUCACAACCGAUCCUCAAUUCUAUGUUUGAAACAUGGCCUCACAAAUCAAGUCGUCCGGUUACAUACCUCGGGACUCUGUUAAGCUUUUCUACGAACGGGAGGGCACUAGUGGAUCUAGGACUAUUUUGUUCAUCCACGGGCUUGGGGGGACCACGAAUGCCUUCCAACCGCUGGUUUCUGGCUUGCAGGAUUUCGACCUAGUUCGCUUCGACUGGGCCGGCCAUGGUCGGAGUUCCGUACCACAGAGUACGAGCAUCGAGUCAUACGUGGCAGACUGUGAGGCUGUCAUUGGCCACUUGGGGUUGAAAGAUAUUCUGGUUGUGAGCCACUCAUUCGGCGGGCUCAUCAGUUUUCAUCUUGCGGCGAAGCGCCCGGAUAUUGUAAAAGGGAUCGUAGCCUUCGGCCCCGUCAGACCGCCUCCGGAGGCUGGCCAGAAAGCACUUUCCAUUCGCUCCGCUACAGUUCGAAGUCGAGGAAUUGGGGCAGUUGCUGACUUGGUAGUGUCAAAUGCAUUCUCACCCAAGUCAUUGCUCAACCGGAAAGGAGAGGUAGCACUAGCCAGAGAAAUGCUCACGAGGCAGGAUCCAGAGGGAUACGCUUUAGCCUUGGAUGCUCUGGCAGGAAGCUCGGCUCCUGCUUGGAAACAAAUCAAGGCUGAUGUUCUCGUUCUAACUGGAGACGAAGACAAGGUAUCUACGGCUACGGCGGGGGCAGAUAUAGUGAAGGAUAUUGGAUCGAACGCCAAGCAGGUAAUUUUCAACGAUACAGGCCAUUGGCAUGUAUUGGAGAAUAUAGAUGAGUCUAUUAAGGCGAUCAUCUCGGUUGUUAAAAGUAUUGCGUAACGUCCUCUAACUUAUAAAUGAUAUAGUUAUCUUAGUUACUGCACGUCUGAGCAUUGGCAGUGGAGAUGUAGAUAGUUACCUAGUUAUAAAACAGAGGUAGUUAUGUUGUUUGA